AUGAGAUCAGCCACUAUUAUCUUCAACAUCUUCGUCCUGGCAGCCUGCCUUCUGAGGAGCAGCGAUGCGGUAACCUGCAACGCCGCCCCCAAUGUCGUAGGAUGCAUCGACUGCACCACCGAUCCCACCAACGCGGAGUGCGUGGCCGAGGCAGCCGCUAACGCCACAACCACCAGGCCCAUCUCCACGGGCGGAAACCGGAAGAUUGUUACCAUAAGCGACCUGAACUACUCCGUCACUCGUCGCAUCCGCCUCAACAACACCUCAUCCCCAUCCACCAAUCGCAAUGGCAGGAACAACGGAAGACGGGUCACCAGAGGGAACUCCAACCGCAGGAACAACAACUCCAGGCGGGGAAACUCCAGAAAUAAUCGGGGAAACUCCAGAAAUAAUCGGGGAAACAUUCGUGUUCGGGUUGCUGUCGACCGUCCUCACAAAAGAUCCAUGAACUGUACAAGUGGUAUAAAAGCCAUCGCUGAAGAUGCAAAGAUUAUCAUCCCAACUCAUCCGUUUGAACUGAUAUCAACUAUGCGGACAACCACUCUGCUUUUGGGCCUGGGCCUCUUGGUUCUCUGCUUUUCGAGCUACAGCAAUGGGGCUGAUGAUCCGACCACUCCAACUGAUGGCAGCACCACCCCCACUGAUGGCAGCGCCACCCCCACUGAUGGAAGCACCACUCCCACUGAUGGCAGCACUACUCCUACUGAUGGCAGCACCACUCCAACUGAUGGCAGCACCACCCCAACUGAUGGCAGCACUACUCCCACAGAUGGCAGCACCACCCCUACUGAUGGCAGCACCACUCCCACUGAUGGCAGCACCACCCCCACUGAUGGGAGCACCACCCCAACUGAUGGCAGCACUACCCCAACUGAUGGCAGCACCUCACCAACAGAUGGCAGCACCACUCCCACUGAUGAUAACACUUCUCCGUCGACUGGAGGCAGUACCUCUCCCUCAGCGGGUGUUGCCACAAGUCCUGUGACAGGAAGCAAUAACAAUAGGAAUGCUAGUAACCGCCGAAACCGCCAACGUCGCCAGCGGGCACGACGUCAACGUCGCCGUCAAAAUCAACGCAGGAGGAACCGCCGGAACCGCAGGAACAAUAGAAUCACCAGGAACGGCUGAGCGGUCAUAAUUGGGUUUAUUAAUUUACUCAAAGAAAAAAAGCAUUAAAAAAAGGAAUUCCUAAAAAGUCUUAAGUUCAGUUUUUCUGAAAACAACUAUUCUGAAUUGUUUCAUAUCCCACUUGCUCUAUAAGUGAUCCAUAAAGACAGCUGGUGAUAUGACAUCUGAAAACAAUCUUAACCUUGCCAGUCAUAUGAAUACAUCCAAGUUUUCAAUUCAAAUUUUCAUUUCACUUGAACUUUGAUAUUGAAAUGUUUCGGAUUAGAUUUUCUAUCACUUAUGCACACAGACUCGUCAGUUUAAUAAACUCAUUUUAAUGCAAAACUUGAUUGUCCAUUAAAGCAUUUUAUUU